AUGUUACUAUUGUUGUCAUUGAGUAACGAUAGUUUUCCAAAAAAACAUAUAUAAUAAUUAGUGGAUUAAUUAAAUGUAGGAAUUCCAAUUUUGAGAUAAGAUCAAUUUGAUAUGUAAGAUAAAUUGGAAUAAUAUAGUAAAAAAUUAAAAAAAGAUUUGAUUUAUGCAAUUUAAGAUUAUAGAAUAGUAAAUAUAUAUAUUAAAUAAUAUAGAAAUUGAAAGGAAUACCAAAUAUAUUUGGAGAAAUAAGAAAUUAAGAAUAAAUAAAUAAUUUGAAACGAUUUACUUCAAACAAACUAGAAUAUGAUAUAAAGAAUUAUGCAUGUUUGACUCCAAUGCCUUAAUUGAUGCUUGAGAUCCAAAGAUUAAAUUUGUUUUAAUAAUUUAGUUAUUUGAUUUGUGGAUAUCCUAAGAUAAGAUUUUAAUCGAAUUAUCUUGUUUUACAUUAAUUUGAAUAUUUGAAUGAGUUAGAAUAGAAUGGAUUGUAUGAAUCAAAGAGAUAAAGUAUAAUAGGUACUUAAGAUAAAUAAUUGAAAUUUAAUAAUAUUUACAAUAAUUAUAAAUUAUGAAUAAAUCACAAUAAGAAGCAAUCCAAAAAAAUCAUUAUGGUAAAUUAGAAUAUUGGGAAAGAAGAUAUUCAGAGUAUUAUUGAAUAUAUUUUAUAGAAAUGAUAAACCAUUUGAAUGGUAUUAAAAUUAUGAUAACCUAAAAGACAUUGUUACAUAAUAUAUUAAUCACAACAGUCGUAUAUUAAAUAUUGGAUGUGGGAAUUCAAGUAUUACAAACAGAUAUAUGAAUUUAUAGAUAUUCCUGAAGACAUGUAUAAAGAAGGUUAUCAAUGGAUUGUUAAUCUAGAUUUCUCUAAAGUAGUUAUUGAAUUUAUGAAAGAAAAGUUUAAGUCUUAUCCUACUCAUUUUUAAUGUAUUUAGAUAAAUAUAUAUAUAUAAUAGUUGUAUUGGCUGAUGCAAGAGAUUUACCAUUUCCUAAUGAUUCAUUUGAUUGUGUUUUUGAUAAAGGAUUAUUGGAUGCUGUUUUAAGUGGAGACUACUCUGCUUAAAAUUCUAAAAAGGUUAUUAAUCAUAUCUACAGAACCUUAAAAAAAGAUACUGGAGUUUAUAUUGUUGUGUCACAUGGAUUUCCAGAAUAAAGACUUCCAUAUUUAAGCAAGGCAGAAUAUAGUUGGAAAGUAACAUAUAGCAAAGUCUAUAAACCAGAUGUAAGAACCAAAAGUUUAGAAUUUGAUGCAUAAGAUCUAAACAAUUAUCAUUUCAUAUAUGUUUGCAAAAUGGAUAAAUAUUAAGGAUAAACUGCUGCAUAAGUCAUUGGAAUUUGA